AUGAGGAACAAUAUGAGCUGCACGCUGGACCAGCUGUCAAGCCAGCCGCCCAUCAAGCCUGGCAAGCCUACCAAACCAAGGAGCCGACACCCGCCAGGAACGCCUUUGGAUCCCGACGAGCUGUCGCGACGCCUGUACCUGGUCCUCGCCGAUCAGCAACGGGCUCACGCUGAACGGAAGCUCAGAGCAAAGAUCGAGGCGGGUGAUCGAAAGGCACGAGAAGUACGUCAGAACAGCACGAGACAAGCAGACCCGGGCGCGCAAACAGGUGCGCUUGGAGGAGAAUCGAGGCAAACGCCGCUCGCGGCCAGGCAUGCAAAUGCCACAGGCCGAUUGAAUCCAUCGGUGAACCCGCUUUCAAAACGACCGAGUGAAGUCGUGGCCGUCGAUGUCCGUGCGGCUCCUGCAAAGCGCGACUCUCGCUCAAGGGCUUCCAAGGGCAAGUCGAUACCCGAGGUCUCUGCAUCGCCGCACGAUGGUUCAAACGCACCUCAACCCUACGUGCCCCGUGAAGCUGCUGCACAGUUCGCGAGGACGACAACAGCCGUGAGCUGGCGUGAGCGUGCGCUAGUUCCCAAAUUAUCGCGCAAUGCUCUGGCCUUCCACCUCGACGGACCAACCACAGACCCUGCACUAGCGGCCAACAGCUCUGCCGCGGGGCCUGCGGAACAGUCGCGGGACUUGCAGCGCGUACAAACUCACAGAGAGCACCUGGUCGAGCGGAUUCAACGUCAGGAUACCCACACGAUAGCACGGGACACCAAGAUCGACGAGGAGCGAGAACAGCAGUAUGCUCUUCAGGGCGGUCCUUGGCGCAGAACGGAAGAUUAUCAGCAACAUCAGCCGAGACGCAGCAGCACGGGGGAUCUUGUAGAUCGGAUUGAUCGAGCGGACGGCUAUAUUCGUCAGUCCAUGGUGCUCCUGGACCCGCCUGUCAUCGAAGAGGAUGAGGUAGCGGAUCCGACAACGGCCGCGGAGCACCGUAUCGACUGGACCCAGAGUGACGAGCCAAAGGACAAGCUCAAAGGCUCAUUGAGAUCUCGGGGAUCUAUUUGGGCAUUGAAAGGGAAAUGGGGAAGUUUGACACGGCACGGCCGGGAGGAGAAGGGUGUCGUGUCUCCAGGAGAUGCUGAGUCCGUGACCUCACCACUAUCUCCGAAAUCACCCAGAGUGGGCUUUUUUGCUAGAUUCAAACAUUAG